GGAUCGGGUGAGAGCAAUGCAAGAGAGAAUAUCGGUCUAUUGAUAAGCACGAAAACAAAGCCAAAGAGGUAAGUCAGUGGAGUUGGUACUAUGUACUAACCAAUAUGUAGUAGAGCUUACCUGUUGUUCGUCUAACGGCUCCCAGGAAGGUUUGUUCUUGUCUUGAACAAAUGAGAUGACCGAAUAGCAAACUCUUUGAUCUGCCUUUGACCAUUUAAUUGACAAAUCUUUGAAUUCAUUGAAUUAAGUAUGACAUAUAGACAAAAUGAGCUAGCAGUGAUUAUAAGAAUAUGUCAUUUAUUUGCAAAACUAUUUCAUCAAACUAUAAGGAAAUAUUUAAAGAGCUAAAUAAGACACAACAGUUAAGAGAAUUAGGAUGACUUAAUCUUUUUUGUCAAAUUCAAUGUAUACACCUUAAAGAAAAAAAUCGGGACAUCUUCUCGUUAGAUACAUGAAUUCAAUGUGAUGUGUUUAGAGUCAUCUUUUUUCCUUCUUGAAUAAAAUAAUACGAGUUGGUUUCGUUUUGUUUUAGGUUUUGUAUCCACCUUUUUAGCUUUAUUUCUUGUUAAAGCCUGGUUCACAUGUGUUAAGCCCGAGCUGAAAGAGAAGGAAGCGUAGAAGCAGAGGCAAGUGGGAUGUGAACACACAUGAAGCAAAUGAAGAAAGCAGGAAACAUGAGGGGUGCGUUGAAGUAAGAAUAUAAAAAGAUUUGAUUGUACGUUCGUGGAAUUGUCUUGGAUUCGGACGCAAAUUGGAAAGUAAGCGGCCGAGGCUCAUGUGAUCGAAAAUGUAGGCUGCAAAAGAUCAACAUUUGGUCAUUCACUUGAUCCAGCAGCAAGUGACUAGCCUGCCGUUUGAUGGUCAAAUUGAAACAGCCAUCCAGAGCUGGCUACAAGAAUCUGCAACCAACAGCACCCUUUCAGCCCAUUGUGGUCUUCAUGGCAGUUUUUGACGAGGUCUUGGGAGUACACAAGACAUUACCUGGGAGUGCAAGUGUGCAUUUUUUAUGAGCAUGCACAUUUGAAUAUGCACGAAAUUUCCCAGUGAUUCUUGAGUUUGUGCAUAUUUUCCUGGCACAUAUCCUGUUUACAUCAAUUUCACAUCUCAGGGAAAUUCAAUUGAUUAAGAGUUAACUAUGAAUCUUAUCUACCACUACCAUUUGUGGCUUUUAUUCAAACUCCUGAAGGUUCUGCAAGUAAAGGAAUAAUUUUAGAAAUGAUGUUUAAAAAGGCCAAAGACAUGAUUAUCCUAAAGGAUUAUCUCAAGCAGGGACGUGUGGGGUGGACAUGGUUCUAAUUGCCCAACGUGUCUCAAGGUGUAGAGAGCCUCAUAAAGAAAUUCUAUUUAAGAAUGGAAUUAAUCAAAUGUAACAGAAGCAUGCCUAAAAAUUUUUAAAACAUUUUAAACAAUUGCAAGAAAAUGACUGCAAAAAAUAUUCUGAAGUGUAUUUAAGCUAAUCUAAAGAACCUGAUUACAAAAGUUUAGAAGCCCAGAAUUUCAUUGCAAAAAUGAGGAGUUUCUGCCAUGAAGAGGUGCUUCUGCCAUGAAGAGAGACACUAUCAUUUUUUAAUAUUCAACAUAGUUUUUAAGGUAUUGAUCAUCAAAGUUAGUCACCCAACAUGUUCCGAGCACUGACAAGUUUGCUCAAGCCUGCUGCAUAAUUGUGAUGUCACAAACACCAUAUUUAAACCACUUGAACAGCACAACAGUCUGGAAGGCAGUACUUAUGAUUUUGCGGAAGAGCAUUGCUAUAUAGAUUAAGUAGGUUGUGGCUACAUUUUGACAACCUGAUUGGAAAAUAGAUUAUAACUUCUUUGCAAACCUUUCAUAAAAGGACUGGUAAGAAUAUCAUGUUAUUCAAUGCAUUUGAGGCCCUGCCUCCGUCUUGCAGGAUCCAGUGUAUGGCUGCCCAACAUAUCAAAUAAAGGUAGCGAUAAAUAAACUGGCAGAAUUUUUUUUUCUGGAAACCCAAGUAAAAUACUUUCUUUUUGUAAAAUACGGCUGCUGUUACACUAAUUUAUUAAGGCUGCCCCCUCCCCCCUAACAAUAAGUUGUAUCUCUGUCUUUGAUCCUGAUUAACUUCAAUACAUAUUGUAAAGAUUUCGAAUUUAAGUCACCCUUUUUUGGCAUAGUCUUUAUUCAAUAGCAUGAAAGAUUUUCAAGGGCUAAGAACCUGUUACAAUUGAGUUAUUAUUUGCAGGAAAACAACUUUGUAGAAAUUUCAACCCCCAAGCCACUGCACCCCUGUAACUCGGAGGACAGGUCGGAAGUUGCUGUUGGCAGACAAAAAGUAUACUAGGGCAAGAAAAAUGCAUAGAUGAGUGUAAUGAUGAGUGACUUAGCACUAAGAGAACCCCUAACAGAUCAUGAUGAUAAUAAUGAUGAUGGUGCUAAAAGAUCAUUUAGUGAAACAUUCAGAAGGCUUGGAAAUAAGUGCUUCUGUGGAAGAAAAUUGACACUGGCAUUGCAAGUCCUGCAUUUUGGCAUCUCAAUGUUCUUCCUCUGGGCAGGUCUAGUUGAGUUUGUGAAUCAUCCUCCUUAUUUUGAUGCAUAUGGUGAUGCCAAGAAAAGAACUGAUUUACUUCCAAGAUUAUUUAAGAAUGAUCCAAGAUUUACCGAGACAGAGCUGCUAAGGAUUAUGGAUCUUCCAAUCCUGUUGAUCUUGGUGAUGUAUCAGCUUGUCUGUUUUUGGCUGAAAUUCAAAGGCCUCUCUUGGAUAAUGACAUUCAGCCUCUUGUUGACAUUGGUUAGCUUCUGGGUGGUCAAUUUUGCAGGACUUGAACAGUUCGCGUGGAGUUACUACAGCAAAAGAAUGAAAGGCCUCCAGCUGCAAGUGUCCACUAUAUCGUUAUCGGGCACUGUUGUUUUCAUGGUAAUCUUCUACUCAAGGAAGAAGUUGCCGUUUAAAUUCAAGUCCAGUUUACGUAUCCAACCAAACUCGAAAUUCCACACGUGUUGGAACUUCUUUGCCAUAUACCUGGUGAUGUUUAUGUCAAUGAUUGUAUGGUUCAUAAAGAUGUAUGCCUCUUGGGCAUUGUUUACAUCAAGAGAAGAGAUUCUUCAAUUAUGCAGCACAACGACCGAGGUUGAGUGUUACCCUUGUCAUAAUUUCACCGCAUCGGCAUUGCGCCACUGUGCACAGCAAAAAAGGCAUCAUAUUUUCACGUGCUCCCAGAACUUCCCGGACUCCGCUGACCAGGGUUCUUUCUGUGUCUUCAAUUUUAAUAUGAGUGUCUACGGAUUCUUACUGACUUUCGCGUAUAUUGGCGGGAUCUGCGUUUUCACGAGCACAUUCAUUCGCAUAGCUGGGCACUAUACUGUACGAGGUAUGGUUUUUGUAUACGAGACUGUUCUAAGAUUGCAUUAUCGCUCUAGUGACUUAAUAUCGAGGCAGCGAGAAAGUAUGCGCAGGCGGCGGCAUAACAACCAAAGGCUAAGAUCACGUGACGGAAACGAAAACCUUGGAGUUGAACCAGUUGAAGAGUACAGCUCUGAUAGUGGAGACGAUGGGAAUGGUUUGAUCAAUUCAUUGAUUCUUGAGCUUCCAUAGAAAAGUAUGUGCAUAUGAAUCGGAAGAUUUUGUUGUAUGUCUAAGUUAAGAUAUCAAAUUAGUUCCAACUUCUAGUUGAGGCCUUUCAAUUAUUUUGGCGUUUCAGUAAUGUAGGAUUGUACAAAGAAAACGGAGGGAUUGCAUUAUUAACAGCAUUGUAAGAAGGAAAGGUAAACCGGAAAAUUUAUGAAUUCACGUGCCUCUGUUCCCUUGAAACAUGUGACCGGAACAGGUAGCCGUCAAGUUCGCCGGAACAUGGAGAGAUCACAAUGGAGAGAUAAACGCCAGUAGCUUGUUAUGCGGAGAGAUCUAUUACAGUGUACAUUUUUAUGGCUUACGUAGUUUAAAAUAAUACCGUAAUAUUCAAUGGCAAUGACAUCAAGAAAUCUGCGGUCCAUUUUAAAGAUGUAGCAAUGCAAAAUGUAACGAUGAAGCAUAUAACGAAAAAGACAUUUUUCAAGAAUAAAUUUGGACACGUUGUUGCCUCGUAUCGAGGACUUUUCCUUUUCACUUUUUAAUACUAAUUUUUUUAAAUUUUUUUUGACAGUGGACCCUUUUCCGAAGAAAUUUUUCCUUCUAGAGAAAUUAUUGUAGGCUGCCUACUUUGAUAUAUUUCAUCGUGUUCUUAAUAUCAAAGACAAUUGACAGAUAUAAAGUGGCUUAAAUUCAUCUGUCAAUCAUUAUUAGCCAAUCAAUAAGCGUGUGAGUGUAGCACUAACUCUGAUUAGUCAAUUUUUAAGUGAAAGACGGCUAAAAGGCUUUAAGGCUAAAAGGCAUCAGUCAACCGCUAAAGGCUUUGCAGCGCAUUUAUGAUCGAGAAAACAUUGCGAGUCAGCCGAUUGAAUACGGUCCAACCAAUGGGAAAUUUAAAUGGCCAGCGAAAUGCGUCAGUGCCUUUAAGUCCCUUUAGUAUCUGUUGAUUGCUUUCAAAGGCAGAUUUUAAGCUAUUAGAUAUUUUUAGUCGCUGAUUGCAGCAUGAAGAGUUGAUAACACCCAGUUUUUGUGACAGAGCCCAAGAGAACAUUGCAGUUGCACUGUCAAUGACUGUGAAGAAUACCACGCCCAAACCACGCCCUUUUUAGUUUUUUCUGAGAACCAUUUUUUAAAGCAAUUUCAGAGCUAGAUGUUGUCAAGGCCUUUUGAGCAUUUUCCAAUGGAAAUUUCCUUUGCUUGAUUUUGUUUUCCAAUCACGUCUGACACCUUUAAUGUUUUCAAGCUUUGUAUAGAUUUGUAUAGAUCUUUAUCAAGUUGUUUAUAUUAUCGAAUAAGUUAUAGAAUAUUUUUUGGAAUACUUUUGUACUAGUAUGAAAUUUCGUUUGUAAUAUAUGAUUGAUUGCUGUAGAAAUUUCA